AACACAUGUAUUAUUACACAUCCCACCUCUCAAUUAAUUGCCUUAGAUUCCUUUGCAAUCUAACAUAUGGUAUCCUAACACCCCUCUGGUUUUUACUGAUGACAUUAACUUGGACGCGUCCAACUAAGUAUAAAACUAGUAAGUACACGUGCUGAGGUCCUCAAUUUCCCCAUACAAGUGCAAUCUACGUACUACUGUAUAGAAAUUUUGUCAACCUACAGAAGUUAGGAAUAUGGACAGCAACAACAACAACCCCAUCCUAAAGGAUGUUAACCUCAACAACACAGCAUUGUAUUAUGGUGAACUGGAAGAGGGUCAAAUUAUAGACUCUGCUUCAUUAGGCUUUCUUCAGAACUCCACGACUGACUUUGGAAAUUCUGCAUAUAACAUGCCAUCACACACCAACACCAGCGGUUCACUCGACAAACAUGCUAAAGAAGUCUCGCUUCAGUCAGACUUCAAUCCAGAUCUUCAUGAUCCCAGGCUCGCUAAAGCCAGUGAUUCUAGGCUCUUUCCUCGAGGGAAUGAGGUGCAGGACACUUUUAGCAACAAACAUCAGAACCCCAUGUCUCACAUGAGACCAGGUGGAGACUGUUUACAGUCCGAUAAAUUGAACUCUAUAGGAUUCAAUUCUACAAACAUUCAGGCUUCUAAAAAGCUACUGAAAAAACAACGCGAUUUACAACGCUCUAAAGAACCCCUAAAUGAACCCCAAGUUUAUCAACAAACGGGGUCUGGAUUAGUGCAAGACAUCAUCAAGGGGUUAACUCCAACAUUGGAAAUGAUCGCCUCUAAUAAACAACUGGAUAUUGAGCUCUUAGGUCAACCUGAAAACAGGAACAGAUCUUCUCAAAGACGCUCACAACAAAGGAGAAAACGUCAUAAUUCCCCGGUUUCUUCACAAGACGAUAGCUCGCCCGCACGGACACUUAGCAUUAAACGGCAUCGUUCUGAUCACCCCUCCACUAGUGAAAUGGAAUCUCCUGACAGAGACACAACGCGCAUGCGCAGUGUUAAUAACCCGGAAAUGGAUUCCGAUUCUUCAGCAUCAGAAAAUGAUUAUGACUCGAAUUCGUGGAAAAACUGCAUUAAAU